AUGUUUGAUUUAAUUUUGUUUUUUUAUUUACAUCUCUUUGUGGUGGGACUCUCUCGGGUCUUACUUGAUAACAACAACAAUAAUCAGAAAUAUUCUUCAAGUUCCAUAAUCAUCAUUGACUCAACAGUUUCCGAAAUUCAACAACAACCACUCACUCGUCCAAAUCAGGAAAAAAAUUCGAACGAGUCAACUCUGCAAGAGGGAUCUCUCAUUGAAUGUACACCUGUUUAUAAUGAUGAGGUAUCGGAACAAAAGGAUAGUAUCAUCUCAAAUCAAUACUUUCUGGAGAAGGAAGAAGUCGGAACUAUUGCGAUAGAGAGAUCUCUUCUGCCACAAGGUGAUGAGUCAGAUGAGGCUUGUAUCCACAUUAUUCAAACUCGUUCCGAACAGGAUUUGUCUCAGCUGAAUCUAUUAGAAAUAUUGGUUAAUGAUGACAAUCAUUUGGAAGAUGUGGAUUGUAAAGAGCAACAACGACUUGUUGUUGUUGAAAAUAUAAUGGCUCUGUUGGAAUCGAAAAAAGCGAAAACAGCCUUCUUCAAGAUGGUAGAACAAGCAUCUGUUUUACAAUGUACAUACAGAAUGAACAGAAUCAGAUGCAACUUUUUGGCAUUACGAAAAGAUACUUUACUCAUCCAAACUUGGUACACACGAACACAUUUCAACAAUUUGCAAAGUACUGCACAAAAACUCCAGUCUUUGCAAAAGGCAUCUCGUGUUCGUGCUGCACUCUCACAUGACAUGGAUAAUAUUCAAUGGAUAGAAUCAAAAAUUAGAGGUGAAUUGGAAAGAAAAAAACUUUUACAAUUCAAGCUGGGGGUUGAAAUAAUGUUUCAGUUCAUGGUUGCUCACAUGAACCGACAAGUUAUUAAGAGGAAAACUGCUCUUGCUGUAAAUAUACAAAGCUUGUACAGACAACACCACUCAACAAGAUAUUUAUCGAAAGUCAUUGCCACACUUUCGUUACUUCAAUGCAACGCAAAACGAAAAUUGAUAUGUGACGACAAGAAACAGCUUGUCACCAGUGUUUUACCCAGAAUACAAGCAUCCAUGCAUGGGCAUUUAACCAGACAAAACUUAAUGUUGCUACCUUCAAAAAUAUCCAUUAUUACUGCAUUAGGCAAAUCCUUGGUGGCUCAAGAAAAGAAAAUUCAUGACGUAAAAAAGAUUGAAUUUCUGCAAGCAGUUUGUAAGGCUUCUUUAGGCAAGACAUUUUUUUAUAGUUCAAGAACUCGUUUAAUUCCCAUAAUUCAAUCAGCAAUAUUUGGACAUCUGACGAGGCUAAAAAGGGAAGCCCUACAUUCGGCAGUUCUUUCAACCCAAAGCGCUUAUCGAGGCUUUUCCUUCCGAAAGAAAUUAACCCAAGAUCUAUUCCAUAUUCAAACAUAUCAAGCACGCAUUCGAAGACAUGUUGAAAAAGAACGAGCAUCUACUCUAACUCGAAGCCUUACAACCAUACAGGCUGCUCUUCAUGGCAGUUCAGCCAGACAUCGAAUAAUUCAACUAUGUGAAUUCUCAUUAAGGUUGCAGUCAUGGUUUCGAAGCAGGACCUGUCAACAUUAUAGAUCAAACGAUAUUAAUUCGUUGCUGAUUUUGCAAUCAAUCAUAAGAUCUUUCUUCGAAAGAAACAAGCUUGCAAACUCUUUAAAGGUCAUUUCACAAGCGACUACGUUUUGUCAUGGAGCUGCUACUAGAAAGAUAUCAAAAGAAAAACUAGCUGCAUGCAAUAUGUUGGUGUCUCAAUCAAAGAGAUACAUAGAGGCGAAAAACAUGAAGCUUGAGCUUGAGAGGAUAUUGACCAUACAAUCUCUGUGUCGAUCAUGGGAUUGCAUCUCACAAAAGAUCAAAUCAAUGGAAGCAAUUAGAAUGGUACAGCGCGUGGCUUUCUCGUUGCAAAUUCAACAACUUUUGAAAAACAAUAAGGCACAUGUUUUACAAAUGCAAGCAGUAGUAAGAUCAUUUUUAGCUCGAAGAUCAUGCCAACAUGCCAUUCGAGAGAGAACUGCAACAAUCGUGAAUGCGACAAUACAAGGUCGCUCUUGCAGAGCUACAUUCUUCCAAUCUACCGAAAGCAUACAAGUCAUUCAAGCGUUAUUACGUGGAACCGUUGUGAGAGAGUCUUUCAUGUCAGUCAACAAUAUUUCGCAAGUGUUAUCAGCUAUUUCAGCUAGAAUACGACUGCAAAAUGAAUUUUAUCGAAACGUGGAAAGACUAGUACUGGGACAAGCUAUGAUGCAACAAUGUUUAGCCUCCUCUCGACGACAAAAAGCGUUACUUUCCAUCGAACAGAUUCAAUCGCUCUCAAGAACGGCUUUGGAAAAGCGCCUUAAACACAUUACUCUGCAGAAAAUUGUUUUAAUUCAGUCACGUAUCAGAAGCGCACAAACAAUCAAAAUAUUCAAGGAUCUCAAAGAAAAAACUGAUUUGCUACAAAGUGUUGUUGAAUCUGUAUUAACACGUAAUAGAUGCCACACCUCAAUGCAUAAGCUACUCGCUCUACAAGCUCUCAUUUCUUGUGCAGUUGCUCGAAAACGACUACUUUCCAGGAAAGAAGAGCAUGAACAUCACAAGACAAUCACUCCUUUUAUUCAAUCGACUAUCAGAGGACUAACAGCAAGAAGAAAUAGAGAUACUAUUGGAAAACAAAUACUGUUGAUUCAAGGAGUUGUAAGAGGUUAUUUAUGGAGAAAAAACUCUUUGUUAUACAUUCCUAACACCAAUCUAGAGGUUGCUCCCAUAUCUAUUACUUCAAUGUUAGAUACUAUGAACAAGCUCUUUGAUGAAGAAGAGGAUUCAGAUGAGUUGGACUCGUCUGACUCUCCAAACUUGAACGUUGAAGCCCCAAAAGCUGUUUCUUUGUCAACGAAAGUUGAAAGUGCAAUGACUCCAAAAGUUGACAUUUAUGAUUUUUCAAAGAACAUGGACUCUGGUUUUGGUGGAUCGAAAAAAAUUGUUCAACUCAUUAGAGAUCGUCUGAAUAACAAGUCGAACUUAUUGGACCUGUCAGGGCUAUGCAUUGAAAGCCUUCCAAAUAUUCCAUUCGAGUGUGACCACAUUACAGAACUUGAUUUGUCUGGAAACUUGUUAGUCACUCUUCCUGAGUGGUUCUGUGAAAAGUUUAAAAAUGUCAAAAAGCUAAAUUUGAGUAGUAACAGAUUUUUCGAUGCCAAUCGUAUACUUUCUGAGAACCUUAUUCCAUUGUCACAUACUUUGACUCAUCUCGAUUUAAGCAAGAAUAGAUUUGAAUAUUUCGAAUAUAUUCCUGACGAUGAAGAAUAUGACGUUUUUAGCAGCUCCUUCCAAGAACUGCAGUACUUGAAUUUAAGUCAUAAUCAACUGCUGAACAUAUCAGGAGAAAUCUUUGAGCUUAUCAGCAAUCACAAAUUAGAGAGUUUAGAUCUUUCACACAACCAGUUAAUGACUUUUCCAACUGUGUCUGCUUCAGAUCUGUUGAAAAAGUGGAAAGGCUUUAAAUUUAUUAAUUUAGAACACAAUUCUUUCCUUCAAUCUGAGGUUGGAAAAAUUUUGUACAUGUUUAAAAAGCGACCAGAUAUUCUCAAGUUGUUGAAAGUGCAGUUAACAAAACGAGGUGCACAACAAUUUCAUGAUGAAUCCGAAACUGCAAAGAAACCUGUGGAAACUGUCUCAAUAGACGCUGGAGACUAUUUUUCCAGCAGUCUUUUUGACGACGAUUAUCAAGACGAUUCACAACCACUGACCGAUCUGACAGAAUUAGCCUAUCAUAACCGAUUUAAGACCCAUAUGUCAACUAUGACCUUCAACAACAACAGUGCUACUGAUAGAACUUAUGCAGAGUAUGAUUCUGAUGAGGAUGAGUCAUUAUUGACCGAUCACUCAUUCUAUCAUUCUCACACAUCAGGUUUUGCAGACCCCAAUUCUCCAAAACUGCUCUCGGUAGCAAGUUCAAAUCAACCCACUUCACCAUCUUCAGCUACGACCAUGAACGAUAGCAGUUUGGAUUACUCUCCAUGUCUGUCAGAUCGAGAAUUUGCAACACCAACACAACUGACUGUGGAAACAGCAGAUGAGGAUGGAGAGGAAUCACCUCUUCCAAAGCUAACCGUUGACCACAUCUUAGAAGAUACCUCCACAGACCUCUCGGUCAACACGUCAAACGACAAUGUUCCAUUGGCAAUUCACAUCACAACUCCCACUUCUAACCAACCCAAGCUGAGCUUUAUUCAAGACCUCAAUCUUCCUCAUGUCACAUCGACCACAACUCCAGACUCACCACCAAAUGAAGAAACGAAACCAAAAAUUCCAAAGCUAAAUCUUGCAAUUUCACCACUUCCAACAAUUGCUAACCAACCUAUAGCGUUCGAAAAAGAAGUUCAAUUUUUUUCUUCGAGGUCCACUACUUCUGAUCCAAUGAGCUCUCCUUCAGUUCCAAGCCCUGCUAAUGACUCUGAAAAUCUCGUCUCUGUUCUCAACAAUGAGAAUAUUCGUAAAUCAUUUAAGAUAUUUUGUAAAUCAGAAUUUAGCGUGGAAUCUAUCGACUUUUAUGAAGCAGUAUGUGCAUUUAAACAACUCAAAGACACCACUCUUAUUCGCAACACCUCCCAACAUAUUUUUAACACGUUCAUAGAUCCUUUUGGAAUUCACUCCUUGAAUAUUAACAGUAAGCAAGUGGAAUCUGUGAAAAAUCUCGUCAUGGAAAAUGGUAACGUGAAGGAAAAUAUUUCCACUGAUGUUUUUGAUCCAAUACUCCAACUUGUAAAGAUGAAUUUACUUGAUCCAUUUAAGAGGUUCCAGCUUUCAGACGAUUAUAAAUUGUAUGAGGAACAGAUGAAAACACCCAAGACUGCUAGAGGAACGCCACUACCAAGAAAGCUUACGACACGCCAUCCACUCUUGCGAAAUGGAGAAGAACAAAAACGAUUAUCAACCAAACGAAAAAAGAUUCCAUUCCCUGACAUGCCAUCAAGACCACCACUUCCUGAAGAACGCAAGAGCGUAAAUCAAAUUUCCGUAACUUUACCUGAAAGAAAGAGCAUUAAUGUCAAGCAAAUGAAAGAGAGAAUCAACAACCUUAUGGAAAUUCUACACAGUGAACGAAGAUACUUAGAGUUUUUAAUUGAUCUUUGGGAGAUGUAUUAUAUACCUCUGGUUGAGAACAGGUAUAUCAAAGGUACGGAACAACCAGCAUCUAAAAGGAAAUCGAAAGGCCACACGGAUGAGGCACAACAGCCACUCAAGAGAAAGCUGUCCUUUGUAGACAAGUUAUUCAACAAGAACAAGCACAAUCCAAAUUCACACGACGAUAAUCGGAUUGUAUCUAAAGAAGACGCUCAAGAAAUGUUUCCAAAGAAUCUCUUUUCAAUUAUUACAUUCAAUAAGGGAUUUCUUGUUAAAUUAGAAGAACGAUUUGCUCUUUACAGCAAUGAUGAAGACAAUACUGCCAUCUUACCUCGAAUGUAUAACAUGAUCAUUGGAGACAUUUUCAUUAAGAGUAUUCCAUACUUUAGAUUAUAUGACAAUUAUUUGGAGAGUUACGAAAACGCAAUGAACAAGAUUAGACAAGUGCGAGCUCAAAACAAGGAAUUUGAUCGAUGGAUUAAAAAGAGAAAAUCGCAUCCUCGUUCCCGUAACCUUGAAAUCCACAGCUUUUUAGUUUGUCCAGUUCAAAGAAUUGUCAGAUACAAAUUGUUAAUUGAGAAUUUACUGAAAACCACAGAAGAGGAUCAUCCUGAUUUCUUUCCAUUAACCAAAUCUUUGGAAAUGGUGAUUGACAUGGCCAAUCAGCAAAACAUUAGCAUCAAGUUGACCAAUAACAGAGUGAAAGUGAGAAUGUUAACACAACUUUUUGAUCUGUAUGAACAAUUAGGUUGUUCAUUAACUCAAAGUGGCGCUGUGGUUGAGGAUAAUUUACUGGUGCGUGAGGGAGAUGUUGAAAUAUCCAUAAGUAAGGAGGAGAGCACAUCCCCGAAAAAGAACAAAAAAUCUCAAAGAGCAUACCUCUUCAGUAAUGUUUUAGUUCUCAUUGAAAAAACUAAGAUAGUUGACAAGCAAAUUUCAUCUGAUAACACCACAAAUCCAAAUGGUGGCUCCCAAGGAGAAACCCACUCGCAAGACGAACCCUUGAAAAGAAGUUCUUCAUUCUGGAAGAAGAAAAAGGAGUCACAAGAACAAACCAGUCCAAAAGUUCACAAAGCAAUUAAGGUUGAAAAGAAGCAUGUUCGCUUGGAAGAUGCAUUCAUUUCUGGAGGUUCCUCCAACACGAUUGAAAUUUCCUUCACCGUAGGCUCCAAACUUACAUCAGUGGCAUCUGAGAGUGAUUUGAAAGGUUCUCACUCGCCCUCUGCAAUCAGUACAGACACUCUUUCCGCGUCGCACCUUGUCACCAUGAGUGGACUUUUUUCAGCUCGAAAACAUAGCAAAUCGACAGAUAAUAUUCCAUCGAACUCAACCACCUCACUCGAUUCUGCUCGAAAACGAUCCACAAGUCUUUUCGAAAAACUCACAAGCAAGUACAAACUCAGACAAAAAGAAACCAAAUUAACCAUGGUAUUGACGUUUGGAAGUAGUGAAUUGAAGAAUCAAUGGCUCACAGAUUUGGAACAAGCAAUCAAACAAGCCAAGUUGAAACAACUCUCAAAAGCCUCCAAACUGAGUGCUUCCUCGAGUUUUAUCAUUUAA